CGAGCUAGCAGGAGCAGGCUAACGAGCUACUCCCUGUAUCAGCAGUGUAGACCAUGUUUUAUCAAUCUUUAUUAACAUAGCCAGGUUAACCGUCCAGCGUCUGAAGGGUGUGUGGUGCGUUUCGAUAAGCGAUGAACCGACACUUUCACUCUGUAAUAUAAAGGAGGCUCGUGACACUUGAAUCAAAUCUGUGGUGACUUAGCUUAGCUAGCUUCACUGGUUAGCCUAACGCUACCAAGCCUGAGUUAGCGUCUAAAGCGGGUUGCGUUGCUAGUGACUAUGCAAGCGGAAACCACGGCUUUAAGAAUCACGGAAAGCGAAGGCAAGCUGGAUGUAUUUCCCCAGAACAGGACCCCAAGCUCGGGGAGAGCAAGUGCCAAAAGCUGGCAGUAUAGUGAUCACAUGGAGAAUAUUGAUGGCUAUUUAAUGAAAUACACCAAUCUGGUGACAGGGUGGCAAUACAGGUUCUUUGUCUUAAACAAUGAGGCGGGUUUGCUGGAGUACUUUGUCAAUGAGCAGUCUCGGCCCCAGAAGCCCAGGGGCAUGCUCCCCCUGGCAGGGGCCGUCAUCUCCCCCAGUGACGAGGACUCGCAUACCUUCACAGUCAACGCUAUCAGCGGGGAGCAGUACAAGCUCAGGGCCACCGAUGCCAAAGAGAGGCAGCACUGGGUGAGCAGACUGCAGAUCUGCACACAACACCACACAGAGGCCAUGGGGAAGAGUAAUCCCCCACCCAAGUCCCGGAGCUACUCUAUGGCAUCUCAAGGCAGCGGCAGCUCACCGAUGUCCCUGCGCCGGCCCAGCCAAAACCCUGCCUCCUUAUUCGGCUGGUCGCAGGUCCACAAGGGCUCGUCGCUUUACUCCAGCAAGAGGUCCCUGCUGCCAGACCACCUCAUGGACGCCAGAGAGAUGAUGAGCCAGGCCCAGGGCCAGCACCGAGACCUGAUCCAGAGUAUCGAGGGCUUGCCCGCAGCCCCCGGCCUCUCCCCUCUAGACCAGGAUCUGCUGAUGCUCAAGGCCACUUCCAUGGCGACCAUGAACUGCCUCAACGAGUGCCUGCACAUCCUUCACCUACAGCAGGUGGCCAGGCAGAGAGGCUCCCUGGGAGGACCCACCAUCGAGUGGCUGGAGCCCAAGCUGCCUGACAUCCUGAAGAACGGCAGCAGCUCCCUGGGCAGCUUCACGACAGGGGAGGGCCCGCUGGAGGGGAGCCGACUGGAGCUCAGCAGCCCCGAGUCCUGCAGCUUCUCUGGGGAACAGGAAGACAUAGAUGCAGAGGAUGAGGCAGAGGACUCCUUCACAGACAAGGAGGAGGACCUGGGUGCUGUGGAGGAGGAGCGCAGCGUUAUCCUACACUUGCUGUCCCAGCUGAAGCUGGGCAUGGACCUCACGCGGGUGGUCCUCCCCACCUUCAUCCUAGAGAAGCGCUCUCUGCUGGAGAUGUACGCCGACUUCAUGUCACACCCGGAACUCUUUGUGGCCAUCACCGACGGCAGCAGCCCGGAGGACCGCAUGGUCCGGUUUGUGGAGUACUACCUCACCUCCUUCCACGAAGGCCGCAAGGGCGCCAUCGCCAAGAAGCCCUACAACCCCAUCAUCGGCGAGACCUUCCACUGCUCCUGGAAGGUACCCAAGACACCAGAGGCCUCCAAGGAGCCCUCGCAGGGAAGCGCCGAACCGGCCGCUUCCCAGGACCCCUACCAAGUGCGCUUUGUGGCAGAGCAGGUGUCACAUCACCCCCCUGUGUCUGGGUUCUACGCUGAAUGCCAGGAGAGGCGGAUGUGUGUGAACACGCAUGUGUGGACCAAGAGCAAGUUCAUGGGGAUGUCCAUUGGCGUAUCCAUGAUAGGUGAAGGUUGCCUGUAUUUGCUGGAGCAUGAUGAAGAGUACACCUUCACGCUGCCGUGCGCGUACGCGCGCUCCAUCCUCACUGUUCCCUGGGUGGAACUGGGCGGCAAAGUCAACAUCAGCUGCGCCAAGUCAGGCUACUCAGCGAUCAUCACUUUCCAGACUAAACCCUUUUAUGGCGGCAAACUGCACAAGGUAACAGCGGAGGUGAAGCACAACACUACCAACGCGGUGGUGUGUCGUGUGCAGGGCGAGUGGAACGGAGUCUUGGAGUUCAGCUACACCAGUGGAGAGACGAGGGUGGUGGACGUCACCAAGCUGCCUGUGACGAGGAAGCAAGUUCGGCCGAUUGAGAAACAGGGACCAACUGAAUCCAGGCGUCUGUGGCAGCAUGUGACUGAGUCCUUGCGGCAGAAGGACAUCGACAAAGCCACAGAGCACAAGCGGAUUCUCGAGGAGAGGCAGAGGACGGAGGAGCGGCACCGCGCUGAGACUGAAACCGCUUGGAGGACCAGAUACUUCGACAGAGAGGGCGAAGGCUGGGCUUAUCACAAACCACUCUGGAAAAACUCUACAUUCAAAUCCUAGCUCCUUCAGUGUCUAUCUUGGAUGUCAAUACUGUAGAUUCAGGAAUGCGUGUGUGAGUGUGUGCGUGUCUGUGUUUGCACAGACACGUGGUUGACGGUUAUGAAAUGAGAGCGUGACCUGCACUGACGUACAGACGAAUGCGACAUGGGGAGAAGGACAGAGAGACAGCACGACUGAAGGUGUUCUCAAAUCUCGCUCAUGAUGUUCACGAAGCCUCGAAGUACAAGCUUUUGUACUGCUGAUCAGUUUUUUUUACAAUCCAAUGUCAAUGAAAACAUAUUCUUGUACAGGUAAUGGUACUCUUAUUUACACAGCCUUAAGAUAGUCUGAUGAAUGAUCCUCUAAGUUUGGGUUCUGCUGAUCAACCUGGAUAUGGUUCUUUUCUUCUUCUUCUUUUUUUUUUUUUAAGAUGUGGAAACACACAAUGGUGAAAUGACUUUUGAGGAGUCUCUUCCUAUAAUAAGAUAUUCAACACAAAGAAAAAUGAGUGCAAUGAAACUGCUGUAAAUUGGAGUCAGUGUAUUUCAAUGUAAAGUUACAGUUUGCAAUACUUCCACUGUAAAUCAGUAUAUCUACAUGCACACAAUAUUCUGAUCUCUUAAGUGUAGCUAAUCCUCUUGCUGCUCUCUAUCUCCCCUGUUUCCAGUCUUUAUGCUAGACUAAGCUAACAGGGUUCUGGCUGUUGCUUCAUAUGGAAGGGUUCGACAUCAAAUCUGAUCUCAGCAAGAAGGUGUGAUUCCCAAAAUAUCGACUUAGUCAUGAAGCUGACGCACUUUGCAAAAAUCAAAACCAAAACAGCAGAGAUGAAGAUACUCCGACUUUCAGUUCCUAGAAAGGGUUAAGCCCCAAAACACCUGAGCCUACAAUUCCCAUCAGCGCUUUCAGGCUUUCUGUUAUAAAUUUGAAGUCUGAAAGCCCAACUCAAGAUAACCCUGAUGACAUCACAAUGGCAUAGGUGGCAUAUAAACAUGUAAUUAUUGGUUUAUAACACAAUAUAAUGUAGAUUUAAUUAAUGUAUUUGACAACAGCUUUGACUCCUGUGGAGGCUGGUGUAUGAACAGAUAAUGGAUGACAAUAAAGUGAAAGACAGUUGUAAUAAUAUAAAAUAUAACCUUAUAGGAGAAGCUAUAAAUUGCUGAUGAACACUACUCAUCUAUAACCAUUUUAAAAUGUCCCUUAUGUACUGCACUAUAGUGUGUUAUCAAGCACUAAUUCUUAAUAUCCUGCUUAUGAAUACACCUAAAAUAAAUUGGUGGAAUAAUCCUUUAGCGAUGUAACACUUCCACUGAUCCUUUAGAAUCAAUAUCAGAUGAUUGUGUGCAUUUAGAUAUAAAGUGUGUAUUGAUUUGCAUUUUCUCUCUAAAUUAUAAUUUGUUUACUUGUUGUUUGAUGCUAUUAAAAUUGAUAUAUUGAAUGAAGUCACGCUGCUGGAAUGUGGCAUGUCGUAGACCAGCUGACGAAUAACCAAAUUUUAAAUACACAAAUGACCGAGUCGCAUGGGAAUGCGUCUAUAGAUUACUCCCCCCUGUCUUUCUCUGUUUUUAGUUUAGUGGUUUAGGAGUGGAUGGAUGGAGGUCCCUCAUGCAUGGUAGCAAAGUGUCUCUGUUCACAGUCAUUUGCAGGAAAGUAUUCUGCUCCCGUGUCUGCAUAAGUUCAAUCUCCAGUCUGUUGUAAAAGCUUUUAACCAAAUUUGCUUGUUUUGUAAUGCAAAUAAAUAUUACUUUGAAUGCCCCGCCCAACCCCCACAUUUUACGCUUUAAUUGCUCUUAUUUUUAGAGCCACUUUUUUGUAUAGAGAUGUUAACAUUUCUUGUUCCAUCAGUGUUUGCGUUUUUCUUUUGGAAGUAAUUCCAGUCUUCUAUACUGUGAUGUACCUGUAAAGAACUUUUUUUUUUUUUUUUUUUUUUUCCCCCUAAAACUAAAUUUCACUCUCACACUCUCAAAACAUCCCAGUAUCAAGUAAGAACAAUUUAUCUACAGAAAGAGGAAAUCCACCCUGCCAUUGAUAAGCUACUCCCUCCAAGUCUUGGUGCCUUAUGCAAACUCUUUCUGUGUGUGUCUUCCAGCUACGGAGCACAUCAUUUUCAUCAGUUACUUACCUGACAGAUGCAAAAUGGCAGAUGUAUUAUUUGUGUGUGUGUGUUUUUUUGUUUUUUUUUUGUGUUUGUUUCUUUUUAAGAACCAGUGCUUGAUGUUAGAAGUGGGUGAAGCACUUUUAUUCCAGGUUUUUGACAUUUUCUUGGUUUUGAAUUCUACUGGUUGUCUUGCUGACCUAUGAAAUGCACUGACAUGGAUGGAAACCUGAUGUUGUAGAAAAAUGGACAUGUGUGAUAAUAAUCAAAUAAAUUGCGUAUCAGUUGUUAACUGUGUAACAA